AUGUGUGUAUUGAACAAUACACUUAAUAAAAAUGUCACGAUGUCAAAUAUAAAUAUAUCAUUAUCAUUUAGAACAAAGAUUCAAUUAAUUACAUUUCAAAUGACCUAUUACGGACCAAUUAUUCUUUUAAUUAUUGGUAUUUUCGGUUGUUCAUGUAAUUUUUUAACAUUUACAUCUCGACGAUUACGAAAAAACUCUUGUGCUUUCUAUUUUCUCUGUUCAGCUAUAUUUGAAUUUUUAACAAUUUCAUUUGGACUUACAACUCGUUUAGCUGCUGAUCAUUUUCAUUGGAAUCUACAAAAUAAAAGUCGACUUUUCUGUAAAUUUCGUGCCUAUUAUGUUUCGACUGUGCCAUUAAUUGCUACUUAUUUAAUAUUAUUAUCCGCUCUUGAUCGAUGUAUGUCAUCAUCCGUUCAUGUACGUCUACGUUCGUUAAGUCAAAUAAAAGUAGCCUAUCGCAACGUUUUAAUUAUGAUUAUAAUCGGUUUAAUAUCUUGUUCUCACAUUAUUUUCUCCUAUGAUCUUCGAUCUAAAUGUGCUACUCUACCUGGCAUGUAUACUAUAUUUGAUGGUAUGUUCGUUGUAUUCUGGCUAGGAUUUAUUCCUCAUGGAAUGAUGUUAAUAUUUGCUUUUAUUACUCUAAUGAACAUAAGACGAGCGAGACAACAAAUGAUGAUAAGACCGACUAUGAAAACCAUGCAUAUUAAUCAAAAACAAUCUCAACAUAAUCAUAAAACAAAUGCACAAUUGCUUCUAAUGAUGCUAGUUCAAAUCGGUUUAAGUUCAUUGUUGAUAUUAACUCGAACGAUUUAUUAUGCAUUUUAUAUUGUUUGCCCAUUAUUUACUGGUGAUGCUAAAGCCUUAGGAUCAUUUCUAAUGUCAUUUACUACACUUCUCUAUUAUACAAAUUAUGUUAAAUCCUUUUAUAUUUAUACAUUAACAAGUCAAUUGUUUCGAUCGAUUUUUAUGCAAAGAAUCAAAGAGUGUAUUCCGAAAAUUUUCCAAUCAAAUACGCCGAUGCUUUACUGUAAUUCUCGUCGUAUCGAUUUUUAA